AUGCAGCUGAACAACAAUGUGACUGAGUUUAUUCUGCUUGGGUUGACCCAGGAUCCUGUUAGGAAGAAAAUAGUGUUUGUCACUUUCUUGCUUUUCUAUUGGGGAAUAUUAGUAGGUAACUUGCUGAUUAUUACUACCAUCAAGACCAUCCGGGCACUUGGGAGUCUAAUGUACUUCUUCCUUUUCUACUUAUCAUUAUCUGAUACCUGCUUCUCUACCUCCAUUGCCCCCAGAAUGAUUGUGGAUGCCCUUUUGAAGAAGACCACUAUCUCUUUCAAUAAGUGCAUGAUACAAGUCUUUUCUUUGCAUUACUUUGGCAGCCUGGAGAUCUUCAUCCUGAUCCUCAUGGCCGCUGACCGCUAUGUGGCCAUCUGUAAGCCCCUGCACUAUGUGACCAUCAUGAGUCGGAGGGUCUGCAGUGUGUUGGUGGCUGUGGCCUGGGUUGGGUCUUUUGUGCAUUCUUCAGCACAGAUUUUUCUGGCCUUGAGUUUACCUUUCUGUGGUCCCAAUGUGAUUGAUCACUAUUUCUGUGACUUUCAGCCCUUGUUGAAACUUGCCUGUACAGACACCUACAUGGUCAAUCUCCUCUUGGUGUCCAACAGUGGGGCCAUCUGUACAGUGAGUUUUGUCAUGUUGAUGUCUUCCUAUGUUAUCAUCUUGCAUUCUCUGAGGAACCACAGUGCUGAAGGGAGGAGAAAAGCCCUCUCCACCUGCAUCUCCCACAUCACUGUGGUCAUCUUGUUCUUCGGUCCUUGCAUAUUUAUAUACACACGCCCUGCAACCACCUUCCCCAUAGACAAGACAAUAGCUGUGUUUUAUACAAUUGGAACACCCUUGCUCAACCCUCUGAUUUAUACACUGAGGAAUGCAGAAGUGAAAGAUGCCAUGAGGAAAUUAUGGAGGAAAAAGUUGAUCUUAGAUGAUGAAAGGUGA